GUUAUAGGAAUAACUGAGAAGAUUGAGAUUGGUUUUCAAAGGUUUACGUUGAAUUGUGUGACUCACAAUCAGAAGCAAUGAUCCUACUAACAAACUACAGGCUUAUCAUUCUUUCCGUUGGAGAUAUGAAGGGGAACAAGGCAAUAUCAACCACUAAUUUAUCACCAAUGACCACCACUACCACUCAGGACAGUAGCAUGUGGAUUGGUCUUAGCAAUAUAUACCACGUUGAGCAUGGAAGUGGAAAUACAGUCGUACGUCGUCAGGCGUUUGGUACUGCCGAGAAUCUUGAGAGUUAUUCUGUGACGUUGCAUUGCUAUGACUGCCGGUCAGUCCGUCUCACGUUUGUCACAGAACCAGACGGAAUCAAAAAGGUUUCACGAAAUAAAGAUGAGAGCCAAACAGUACCAAAGAAAAUCAUCAAGCAAGCACAAGAGUUUGAAAGACAGGUUAGAAAGAAGAAAAGAGAAGUCAAAAUUAAGAAGAAAAUGAAAAAACUAAAGAAGAUGAUUCCACUGAGAGGGAAAAAAGAUAAACCUGUCAAUAGACAUGAGAUAAGAAGAAGAUCUGACGCCAUUAGCGAAAAUGCCUUUUCUUGUGAAGGAGCUAACGUUGAUGACUAUGACAUUGAAGACGAGGAACUUCAAGAUUGUAUAUUACUUACUCUGAAGAGACUCUCUGAGACUGGUGCUCAAGAUGGAGGACUUAUUGGCUGUGGUACAGGGAUAGAGGAAGGCACUGAAGAGGAAGAAGAGGAGGAGGAGGAAGAAGAAGAAGUGAUACAAAAUCCAAACAUAACUGAGUUAGAGUCAGCGUAUUCCGGUCUUACACUGCCUGCUCCUACUAAGCUUCUUGUCAAUAGAUUACUUCAAAGACUAGAAGACAUUAUGUACAACAUUUCUGAUAACCCAGCUGCUUACUUCUUCCUAAAGUCAGAGCCAUAUGCAACAGAGCUGAAGCUAAAGACAGAUUGGAAUGUCGAGGCUCAGCUACAUACUGACAUGGCUAGAAUGAUGAGCGAUAAUUGGAAGGAAAGUCCACUCAAUUGUCUAUACACUCUUUGUCCAACCUACCCACCAGUUGUGUACAUACCUAAAGUUGUUAGAGAUGAGUUGAUAGUUGCUGUAUCAAAGUACAGGAGUAAGGGUAGAGUACCCUCAUUGGUUUGGAUGGAUAAAGUAAAUGGAACAUUCCUCCUGCGAAGUGCACAACCUUUACCAGGUCUCUCUGAUAAGCAUUCAACUGAGGAUGAGACACUACUAAAGUAUGCCAUCACCUGUUAUGAGGGUGAAGGACUAAUGAUAUUUGAUGCACGCUCUUCAUCAGCUGCUACAGGAAACAGAAUAAUGGGAAAAGGUACAGAGGAUGUUUCACGCUAUUACAGGUGCAAGUUAACUCAUCUUGACAUUCCUAAUAUCCAUGCUGUCCGGGAGAGCUAUGAGGGACUGAAGCAGCUGGCACUUUCAACCAGCAGCACCAGGUGGUACUCUUCACUCGAGAGCACUCAAUGGAUUGAGUAUAUUAGCCUCAUUUUGAAAGGAUCAUACCUCAUUGCAAGGCUAAUAAAGAUUCACUCAGGCAGUGCAUUGAUUCAUUGCAGCGAUGGCUGGGACAGAACGGCACAGUUGACAUCACUAACACAAAUCAUCAUUGACUCAUAUUAUAGGACCAUUGAUGGAUUCUUGACACUUAUUGCUAAGGAGUGGUUGUCCUAUGGGCAUAAGUUCAAGGAGAGGUUGGGCCAUCCACUAAAUCCUAACGAACGCUCACCAAUCUUUCUACAAUUUCUAGACUGCGUACACCAGCUUAUGAAUCAAUAUCCUCAUGCCUUCCAAUUUAAUCUCUCCUUUCUUCUCACAAUAGCUGAACAUCUAAACACAGGAUGGUUUGGUACGUUUCUGUUCAACUGUCACAAGGAAAGGAUAGAGAACGAUGUUUUUGUAUCAACAGUUCCAAUUACUGCACACUUCAAUGCAAUGAGAGAUGUCUACAUUAAUUUAAACUACAGAGAAACAAAAGAAAUUAUAAUGCCCACAUGGACAAUUAGAAGGUUGAGAUUGUGGGAGGAGUACUUCCUCGCUUGGGACGGAACGUCAAUUGCUUCACGUGUUGAGAUGGAGACCGGAGGAAUGGGCCUUGAAGGACCUGGAGACUUCACUAAUCAGACAAAAGGAGGUGGAGCUUCUAAGGCGGAUAUGUUUGAUGAGUCGGAAACAAUUGUGUGGAUGUCCGAUGAUAAGACAAAGGAUUGUUUGAGCUGUCACAAAAAAUUUUCGAUAUUGAGAAGAAAACAUCACUGCAGGAAAUGUGGUCGCAUAUUUUGUGACGAUUGUUCGAAGAACUGUACGUCACUCCCAUCCCUUGGUUACAGUACACCAGUGAGGGUCUGCAAUGAGUGUUACAGGGAAGUGAUAUCAAUCCCUUCUUCACAGAACUUACCGCAAUGCAGUGAAGAGGAUGGAUUUCAAGUUAUUGAAAACAAGCCUCAACCUACUCAAACUAACCCAGAAUAGUGUAAUAUUAUUAUUAUUAUUAUUAUUAUUAUUAUUGCAAAUUAGCCCUGUCUUUAUCCUCUCUGUUAUUAUAAUAUUGAUAUGAACAUUAUAUUAUAUUAUUUUAUUAUAUUAUUAUCAUUGUUGUGUCUGUGUAUCAAGAAUGAAUUAUAGCAGUGUCAUUAUGUUAUUUUACAAGUAUAA